AUGUCUACUGAAACUGCUUUGUCUUACGCUGCUUUGAUUUUGGCUGAUGCUGACGUCGAAAUUACUUCUGAAAAGUUAAUUACUUUGACUGAAGCUGCUAACGUUCCAGUUGAAGGUAUCUACGCUGAUAUCUUUGCCAAGGCGUUGGACAACCAAAACUUGACCAACUUGAUGGUUAACUUCUCAUCUGGUGCCGCUGCCCCAGCCGGUGUCUCUGCCUCUGGUGCCGCCGCUGGUGGUGCUGCUGGUGAAGCUGCUGAAGAAAAGGAAGAAGAAGCUAAGGAAGAAUCCGAUGAUGACAUGGGUUUCGGUCUUUUCGAUUAA